AUGUCUCAAAACAAAGUUUGGGUUUGUCACCUUCCAGGCUGGGAACCGCCACACGUUCGUCUGUGUGUGUAUGUGUGUGUCGCUUUGAGACGGGGUCUCACUGUAAAACCGGGUCAGUGUGGAACUCAGUCUGCAGCCUGAGGAGUUUUCCCCUUAGAGACGUCUUUCCAAGAUUCGUGACUUUGUUGCAGAAAAGAAUUUCAGGAAGAACCAAUAUGAAGCAGAACUGGAGUUUGUUAAAAGGUUACUAGCGGUCAGUGGACUCUCUACAAGGUUGAGGCCCUCCGCCUCCUGCACGCACCGGGCACUAGUGAACUGCAUUUCCCAUCGUGCAUCGCGCCGGGAAGAGCCUCCUGGACCACAACUCCCGGCAUACCGCCUGUCCCGGCGGCGCGGCCCGGAGCUGGUUUGACGGGCGGAGCGGCGGCGGAGGAUGGAGGCGGUGGUGUUCCUCUUCUCGCUCCUCGACUGUUGCGCGCUCAUCUUCCUCUCUGUCUACUUCAUCAUUACAUUGUCUGAUUUAGAAUGUGAUUACAUUAACGCUAGAUCAUGUUGCUCAAAAUUAAACAAGUGGGUCAUACCAGAGUUGAUUGGCCACACCAUUGUCACUGUGUUAAUGCUUGUUUCAUUGCACUGGUUCAUCUUCCUUCUCAACUUACCUGUUGCCACCUGGAAUAUAUAUAGGUUCAUCAUGGUGCCAAGUGGUAACAUGGGAGUGUUUGAUCCAACAGAAAUACACAAUCGGGGGCAGUUAAAGUCACACAUGAAAGAAGCCAUGAUCAAGCUUGGUUUCUACCUGCUCUGUUUCUUCAUGUAUCUCUAUAGUAUGAUUCUAGCUUUGAUAAAUGACUGAAGCUGGAGAAGCCGGGGUUGAAGCCAGCUACACUACACUGCACAAUUGAGGAGCCAGAGACUACUUAAACCACCCUUAAAACCGUGACCAUAGCAGUAUAUAUUUUGGUCUUUGAACAAAAAAAAACCAAAAAACCUAUUUUUGCUGUAUUUUUACCACAUAAAGUAUUUACAAAAAAAGAAAAAAAAAUGAAUUGAGUUUUUGUAGAUUUCUGAUUCUCACCCUCAACACGUGAAAGUGUUUUGUGUUCUCUGUGGCUGUUUGGUAGAGGUAGGAAUGUGUGCCCGCUUUGCAGGCCAAGGAAAUGAGGACACACCCAAAAGAGCCCUUACUAGAUAAGCUGGGCCGUCUUGAAGUCUGAAAAGCUGGAGCAGAGAGCAAUACAGCUAAUCUGGACAAAAGAAGAAGUUAGUUACCCCUCUUGUCUAUAUUGUGGCAACUUCAUGUUAAUGUGGCUUAAGAAUUUUGGGGACUUUUCAGCUAAGUCUUUCAACAGAAAAUGACAUUUUAAAAUAUAAUUAUUUCUUUGCAGUAUUUGAAGGCAUGUGCCCAGGUACAAUGUAAUUCCUGCUUACAGAAAGGAAAAAUAAACUAUAAAAUCAAGAUUC